CUUAGAUCCCGCCUCCUUCCACAAAUCACCAAGCAUGGAGAAGCUCACCUAUGGAGCGCUGGCUGCGCUAGGUGGCGCAGUCCUUUACGCCAAUCUUCCCACAAGCAUGACUGUUGGAACUUCUACUCCAACUGCUGCGUAUCUUUCCGAAGCCCGGCUAGUUCCAGUUCCUGAUGAAUCUCGUGUUGAUGAGACAAGGGCGCUGAAGGCUGCUUCACUUUUCGCCAAAGCUCCAACCAUGGUAAUGGCUGUACGUCGGCCAGGAUGUUUGACAUGCCGAAGGGAAGCUGCCGAAUUGAGCGACCUUGAACCGAACAUGAAAUCAGCUGGCGUUAACUUGAUUGCUGUCGUUCACGAGACUAAAGGUGUGAAUGACUUCAAACCCUUCUUCAAGGGAGAUGUCUACUAUGAUAAGGAGCGCCGUUUCUAUGGUCCCAACGAGCGUUGGUUACCGUUAUGGCUCGGCUUUCUUCGUUUCAAAACCUAUGUAAAUAUGUACAAAGCAAGAAGAGGAGGAUUUCAUGGCAACACAGAAGGCGAAGGACGACUGCUUGGGGGAUUUUAUCUAAUCGCAAACAAUGAUUUGGUUUACUCAUACCUGGAGAAGGACUGGGGUGAUGCUCCCAAUUGGGAGGAAGUACGAGAUGCCAUCGCACAGUUCAAUAUCAAGAGGAGAUAAAUGUGUUCUCUUCUUUGUAGAACUGCCUUAUAUGUUGUAUUUCAAUUGGUGUAGUGCUGUAGAAAGAAUGUGAUAAUAAAUGCUAAUAAAUAGUCGUUC